UUUUGUGGAAAGUAAAUUAGACACGUCCCUAAAAUGAACAGGUAGAUGUUAUGUAAAGGUCUACAUACAGAUGUCACAAAUCAAGAGUACCUGUGUAAUGUUGAUCUCCAGUUAGAGUAAACAACGAAUACAGAGAAAAUGGUGUUUAGUGCAGUUGACAGGUAUAUUACUGUGUCGGGGGUGAGCUGGCUAGGUUGGUAUAUGAGGAGGAAGUUGGAAGACUCCACUAAAGAUGUGAAGGCAGCUCAGCAUGAGACUUUGAUGGAGAGAAUCAAAGAAAAUGCAGACACAGAGUAUGGUCAAAGAUUUAUGUUUAAGGACAUCAAAGGAAGAGAUGAUUUUAUAAAAUUUCAUCCACUUACAAGGUAUCCACACUAUGAGCCAUAUAUUGACAGAAUGAUGAAAGGAGAAAUGAACAUACUUACCAAGGAUCAGCCUGUAAUAUUUGCUGUCACAUCUGGAACCUCUGGGAAGAGCUCUGUACUUCCUAUGCUGAAGAAACAACAGGGAACUUUCUUCACACAGGGUAUUGCUAUUAUAUAUGACUGCAUGAGAAAUGCUUUCCCAGAGACAGGAAGUCAGCAGAAAGAUAUGAAGUUUUUCUACACUCCUAGACUAAGAACAUCAGAAUGUGGAAUCCCUGUUGGACCUAACUCAUCAUCUCCAGCAAACUCAAAAAGAAUUUUGAGUAUGUACUCUACUCCAAAGGCUGGGUAUGAUAUAUUGUCAGAACCAGAAGCUCUCUAUAUCCAUCUGCUGUUUGGGUUGAAAGACAAAAAUUUAGGCAUAAUUGAAGCAAAUUUUGCAUCUCUGGUGUAUUCUGCAUUCCGAGCACUUGAUACAAACUGGGACUCAUUGGUAACAGACAUUGAAAAAGGAAAUGUUAGUGAUGGUAUUGAAAUUGAGGAAAGUGUGAGGAAAGAAUUGAACAAGUCUAUGUCACCUGAUCCAAAAAGAGCAGCUGAGCUGCGUGAAGCCAGAGAGCAGGGUGUGACUGGUCUCGCACACAGAGUGUGGCCUAAAUUAAACUUUGUGAUGACAGCAGACUCCGGAACAUUUGAACUGUAUGGAAACCGAUUGCGAGAAAUCUAUUGUAAGGGAACACCAAUAUAUUCUCCACUGUAUGCGGCAUCUGAAGGACUGUUGGGCAUCAACAUCUGGCCGAAGGAAAGACCAAGUCGAUACCUGCUGGCACCAAGAUCCAUGUUCUUUGAAUUUAUCCCUGUCCAAAAUUGUGAAGAGGAACAACCUAAGACACUGUUUCUUGAUGAAGUUGAAGUAGACCAGGUUUAUGAGCUUGUGAUCACAAAUGCUAGUGGUUUGUACCGUUACAGAUUUGGUGAUGUGGUUAAGGUAGUUGGACACCACAAUACAUGCCCUGUCAUCGAGUUCCAGUACAGACAAGGGCAAUUCUUAAAUGUCAGAGGUGAAAAAACAUCCGAGAAUUAUUUCUAUCAAGCUGUGAACUCGGCUAUUCUCAAGUCAGGGCUGAAUAUGGUGGACUAUUGUUGUACUGAGAGCCUUAUGGUAGAUCAGGUGUCCAAAGAUAAGCCUGCAGCAGCACCAUGUUACCAUGUCUUCAUUGAACUGGAAAAAGAUGAAAAAGUCACAGCUAAAGUACAGAUUGACGAGGAACUUAAAGCGCUGUCCUAUGUGUAUGCCUCGUUCCGCCGCAAGGGUAGUAUUGGACCGAUGAAGGUGUACAUUGUUAAACCAGGAACAUUUGCUGAACUCCGAUCUUUCAUGAUAGAGACAACAACAGGGUCCCCAAAUCAAUAUAAAGUUCCGAGAGUAUUGAAGAAACCAGAGGCUGUCAAAUUUAUAAUGGACAAAAUUGAUGUUUGUCUGCUUUAACACUUUGCAUAAUGGUGUUCAGUCACGUAUUUUAUGCUAACUAAUGGAAUACUGCAUUCUAUCAGUGAAAUAAAUUUCAUAUCAGUCACUGGUUGUCACACACAGUACCAUUUUUUGCCACCAGAUAAGCAUAAAAUAAAAAGAAAAUUUUUGUUUGGAGUGGAUAUGGUAUAUAUCUCAUCUCGUAGUGAUAAUAUUUUAACACUUUCAGUCGCACUUCGCGCUUGUGGAAAUAUUAAAAUUUAAUCACUACUCAAUGAGAUAUAUACCAUAUCGACUCAAAACAAACAAAUAUCCUCAAUUUAUUAUUAUGUUUUGUAUACUUACUAAUUAGAUUGUAUGGAAACAGAUGACAGUGUGAGCUAGUGAGAAGUAUUGUCACUGUUAUGUUACCAGACAUUGAGUUGUAAUGUGCAAAAAGUUUCCUGGAUGAAUUUAAAAGUAUAGCAUGGAACUUUCUUCAUCUUCUUAAAGACUGUAAUUGAAAUUGGUUUUUGACCACACAUAUCAGACUUAUGAAAAGAAAAUGAUUUUAUGUUUGCCUAGCAUUGUACAUUGUAUUUGAAUACAGUGAAACAUCGCUCGCUCGAGCAUCGAUGACUCGAGCACCCGGGCUCGCUCGAGCAAUUCACGUGGUCCCAGCCGAUUUCCUUCUAUUUUCUAUGUGAAAUUACCAUGGCUGGGUCGAGCAUUGAUAACUCGAUCGCUCGAGCAUGACACCUGGUCCCUGUGUAUUAAUCUAUUCUUCGUUUCUUCUGGCAAACUCGAGCAGAGGUGUCAAAAUUUUUCGCACCUUCGGCGGUCAGAAUGUAUCGGUUAUUGAAACAUUUUCACACACCGUGAGAAUUGUGUGGUCUACUUCCCAACUAUCUUAGAUGUUUGUUUGUCGGUAUAUUUCAUCUUAUAAAGAGACUAAUUAUUGAUAAAAGGUUGAAGAAAAGUUUUAUUGAUAAAAUUUUGAUCAAUUACUGAUUACUUAAAACAUCUUUUCUUCCCGAUCAAGAAGAUAGUUAUGAGAUCUUAGUAUUUCAAUCAGCAGUUGUUUGCAUGCAAAUGAAGGAAAUAAUAUAGCCUUUUCAGAAAACUGAGACGAUAAUUCUGAUAUGCACUUGUUGAUAAAUAAAAAUAAAAAAGUCUUAGUUGUUUCUUCACGUGUGCCAUUUACAAAUUACAUAUUGAAACAUCUAUCAUAGAUAACGUUUGUAAUACGUUUUUUUUAAAUGUCACAAGUAUGUUUUUAUUACGCAUCACCGUUUACUCUGGUCCCGAUUACAAUUGGUAAAGCAAACUUCAAUUUUCUUCAUAUGUUGGUCAAUGUUUGGGUCGCUCGAAACCAUGGAUAACUCGAGCAUUUUGCUCAUCCCCUUGCGACCUCGAGCGAGCGGUGUUUUACUGUAUUUAAAUUGAUGUAAUGAAAUGCUGCGUGGCAAUGCCCUUUUCAUCAAUUUUUGUCGAGUGUAAAUUUAUAAGUACUUUAUACUGUGACAUUUUACAUUUUCGGCUAUUGCUAAGAAAUUGUUGGUGAUACAUUUAGAAAAGCAUAGCUCUAAAAGUUUUAACUAUUUUCAGAGAAAAUACUUUUAAACAGAUUUAUUUAGUGUACAGUUUGGAGCUUUUCUGUCCUAUAAUGAGAUGUGUGAACUUGAAGUUAUUAACCUUAAGUCUGCUGGCGGCAAUAGAUUCUGCCUUUGCGGCCAGUGCAGACCAAGAUCGUGCAGUCUGAUCAUGGUCUGCACUGUUCGCAAUUUAGUCAGAAAAUUAUCAGUGAACACCACUUUGAAUAAUAAGUGGUACUGCCCAAAUUGAAUGAUGGACCAGUAAAUUAUAUAAAUUUAGCAGAGUAAGGGUUAAUGAAUCUAUACUCUGAAACUGCUCUGUCAUAUAAUGAAAUGUAUGCCCUCAACUUUGGAGCUUUAGUGAAUGUAGCCUCUGAUUAUUUUCUGUCAUAUUAUGAGAUGUAUGCCGUCAGCCAGAGAAUACUGGAACUUUUUCUAUUGUAUAAUGAGAUGCGUCUCCUAAACUUGAGAAUAUGAAUGUGAAUUUAGACUGGAACUUUUUCUGUCAUAAUUAGAUGUGUGUAUUUGUUUGUAAGAUAUAAGUUUGAUUGAAGUGAAAGUAUGCACUGUGAUAGGAGAAAGAUUUUUGCAGUGCACAAAAUCUAUUUAUCUGAGCUGUAUAGGAUCCUGUUACAUAUUUUAAGCAAUAUAAGAUUCAUAUUUUGUUAUUGUUUUUCUACAUCAAGUUUUGUAUAUAUGCUAGAAAAUAAAUUUUGAAAGAGGU